UUUGUUGCUGGUUUUAUUCUUCAAUUUUAUUUGGUAUAUUUUUUAAUAUAUAAAAUUGUAAAAAAGAAAAUAAAUUUUUGUUUUGGUUUUUCUUCAUCAGAUCUUCGUCUCUGUUAUUUGUCACUCUUCUUUCUCUCUGCAACUUCUUAAUUCCUCUAUCUGCGAAGGGGCAAAUUUUAAUGGGGACAGAAUGGAUUAACGGAUUUCCUCAGUCGAACAUGGAUAAGCGCCCAAGAAAACGGCCUAGAUUAACAUGGGACAUGCCUCCGGUUCCUCCUUCCAAGGUUCUUCCAGCUAUAUAUUGUGGCCAAGAAUAUGUGACGGGGGCCGUUUCCAGCUAUGCCUAUUCUUCUUUGUAUUACAAGGGAAUGCCUCGCAAUGGAUCACCUCCAUGGCGAAAUGACGACAAAGAUGGCCAUUAUGUCUUUGCCAUUGGGGAGACUUUGAACCGACGCUAUAGGAUCCUUAACAAAAUGGGUGAAGGAACUUUUGGGCAAGUCCUGGAAUGUUUGGAUUAUGAAACCAAAGAACUGGUUGCAAUUAAAAUAGUGCGCUCUAUUCACAAGUAUCGUGAAGCUGCUAUGAUUGAAAUUGAUGUCCUACAGAGGCUUGCAAAACAUGAUGUUGGUGGCAGACGUUGUGUGCAAAUACGGAAUUGGUUUGACUAUCGUAAUCAUAUUUGUAUUGUAUUUGAGAAGCUUGGACCAAGCUUAUACGAUUUUCUCCGCAAAAACAGCUACCGUUCAUUUCCCAUUGAUCUUGUUCGGGAGUUUGGCAGACAACUUUUGGAGUCUGUAGCAUUUAUGCAUGAUUUAAGACUCAUUCACACCGAUCUCAAGCCAGAAAACAUUCUUCUUGUUUCCUCCGACUAUGUUAAGGUGCCUGAUUAUAAGUUUCUGGCACGACCCACAAAGGAUGGCACCUAUUUCAAGAAUUUGCCCAAGUGCAGUGCUAUUAAGCUCAUUGAUUUUGGGAGUACUACAUUUGAGCAUCAAGAUCAUAGCUAUGUGGUGUCAACACGACAUUACCGUGCACCAGAAGUUAUCUUGGGGCUUGGAUGGAACUAUCCUUGUGACUUGUGGAGUGUGGGUUGCAUACUUGUUGAACUGUGUUCGGGAGAGGCUCUAUUCCAAACCCAUGAAAAUCUAGAACAUCUUGCUAUGAUGGAGAGAGUGUUGGGCCCACUGCCUCACCAUAUGGUGGCCAGAGCCAACCACCAUGCUGAGAAAUAUUUCAGGAGGGGUGCACGAUUGGAUUGGCCUGAAGGUGCAACUUCAAGGGACAGCAUGAGGGCAGUUUGGAAAUUGCCCCGCCUCCAGAACCUGGUAAUGCAGCACGUGGAUCACUCUGCAGGAGAUCUAAUUGACCUCUUGCAAGGUCUUCUCCGUUAUGACCCGGCAGAGAGAAUGAAAGCAAGGGAAGCGUUAAGACAUCCCUUUUUCACAAGAGACCUGAGAAGGUGUGGUAAUUCUUCAUAAGCUAAAGAGCUUGAGAUGGUCUUUAUGAAGAAAUACGAGGGACUCUGUUUACUUAACAUUCUACAUGCUGACAGCUGCUGGGUUAAUUGUAAGACCAUAACUUCUGUAUAGUGAGUUUCUGCCCUUAUGAAGUGCCUUUUUGUCCUUUUGUGCAAUCAUUUAAUAUUUGCUGAACGGAAUGCAACGGGAUUUUGUUUUUUUUGGAUCAAGAUGAUAAAUAUAAUCGAUUCUGUAAUAUUUUUUUUUCUUUAGUUGGCAUUUGUUCCGGAAAGGGUCUUAUGCACUUUUUGAUUGGAAAUUGGUGCAGAAAUGUAACAAGAUACAUAAUCCUAGAUUUGAAAGGGUUUAGGUCUUU